AGACGUGGCCGUGACUCUUCGUGACUUGAGGCUGUGUUGAAAAGGAGAAGGCCUGGCUGGAACCCGCCCCUGCAGGUGAGAAGAAGAGGCCUGUUAGACCCCGAGUUGUGUGCGGUUGCUCGUUUUAUAUGAUAUGCUCCAGUCAUGUCCCAAAAGGAUAGUGAACCCUUGAAAGAAGAUGCAUGUGAACCCGAAGAAAAUAAUCAGAAGACAGAAGAGGCUGACACCACUGAGACUAAUGGAGUGGAAGCUGAGCCUGUGGCUAUGACACGGAAAAGACCUGAAGCCAAAACCACUGAGCCCGCUAAGUCACAAGAGCUACUGGGCCAGAAUGUGCAGGCCUCCAGUUUCAUCGAGGGGUCACGAACAGGAUGGGGGUAUUGGGGAAGCUGGGGGAAAUCGUUCCUCUCAACUGCUUCUGCUACAGUGGCUACUGUAGGUCAUGGAAUCUCAAACGUCAUUGAAAAAGCAGAGACCUCCCUUGGGAUCCCCAGCCCGAGUGAAUUACCUUCGGAGACCAAAGAUGCUAUGGAAGAAAACCAAAACCUUGAAGAAGGCAACAAUGACAAAGGAGAGAUUGAAAACCCCUCGCCUAUUAGUGGUGCACUUGGAAUGUUUUCUACCAUCUCUGCUGCUGUUCAGAGCACAGGGAAAACGGUUAUUACUGGAAGUUUGGAUGCCUUAGAAUUCAUUGGUAAGAAGACUAUGGAUGUGAUAGCUGAAGGUGACCCUGGAUUUAAGAAAACAAAAGGUCUGAUGAACAGAAAUUCCACUCUUUCUCAGGUCUUGCGAGAGGCAAAGGAGAGAGAAGAACAGCGGACAGCUACUGAGGUUUCCAUGGCUACAGAGAAGAAAGCCCAUUAUGGGCUACUCUUUGAUGAGUUUCAGGGCCUUUCUCAUUUGGAAGCUUUAGAGAUGCUUUCCAGAGAGAGUGAAUCAAAGGUGAAGUCAGUUAUAAGCGCUCUCUCUGGAGAGGAGUUAGAUAUUAUAAAGGCAGAGUUGGAACAGCUCAAAGAAGCAUUUUCGUUAGCGGAAUUUUAUGACGAUGAAGAGGAAGAAAAGAAAGAAGACGAAGACUUUUCAAAGGAAGUAACAGAUCUCUUUUCACAACUACGUGUCUCUACAAAGCCAGCCAAACUGACCCAAGCAAGGAACUCUGCUCGUGAAUUGGCUAAAAGCCUCAGCGUACAAACUGCGAAAGAAGAAAGGCUGCACGAUGGAGACCAGCAAGUGGGCUUGGGCGAUGCUGAACGAGACGAUGAAAAAACUGUAGAGGAUAUCCACACAUUUGCAAUCAGAAGCCUGGCUGAGUUGACAGCCUAUUCCAUUGAAGUGUUCCACAAAACUGCAGCUUUGGUUCUUCAUGGUCAGAAAGAAGAGGUGUUGGCCAUAGACAGAGCCAGAGCCCUUUCACAAAUGACCGUUGUCCUGUGUAAAGAACUGUCAUCUCUUUCUAAAGACUUUGCUACCUGCUUAACAGCUGUAGGGGUGGAAGAGAAGGCAGAUGUCCUUAACCCUUUAAUCACUGGAGUAUUUUUGGAGGCUUCAAACAGUGCCUCUUAUAUCCAAGAUGCGUUCCAGUUGCUCCUGCCAGUUCUGCAGAUCUCUCACAUCCAGGCUCGGACAGAGUUAACACCGCAAUAAAUCAAAUUUGACUGUACUGUGAUAAUUCCCUGGAUCCACAAAACAAUAAGAACAUGUAAUAAAGAGAAAAGUUUUGACUUCUAGUUGUUCACUGACCAGUGACAAGACACUGAAUGGCCACGGUUAGCUGCCUAAGCGAAGAGGAUUAACAUAUAGACAACGAAGAAAGUUCACUGUGUGCGUGUGGCUAUGUUUCCAUGCUGGGUAAUGUUCUACCUACUUCUGCUCCCAGUGCUUUGGUGAGAAACUAUGGCCUUUGAGACGAGGAGAUUAUUGAAUAAAAGAAAGGGGUGGGGUUGUACAGCUGCACUGAUGGAAUCAGCUUCGAGGAAUUAUUGGAAUUAGUAACUGUGUAGUUAAAUGUACAGUAUACACUAUGAAUGGUUAUCUCAAGUUCAUUACCUACCAAACUAGAAUGAAGUUACUGCAAAAAGAAGAUAUGUGACACUGUCCUGGAAUGAUUUGCCUGUUGGGUCUAGUCUUCCUUUGGAGCUCAGGUCAUUGAAGAAAAUUCAGUAAGAGGAUUGCUGAAAUUGCACUCCUAUGUGUAGUUGCUUGGGAACAAGUCCCAUUAAACACAAUGUGACUUGCUUUCAAGUAAAGAUGCCUAAGUGUGUGUUUUGUUUGGGUUUUUUUUUUUUAAAAAAAGAGAUGAAAUUAAAGGCCUGCUUGACAUUGCAGUUCUCCUGGCCUUGUCUGUCUGUCAAUGAAAGCUUGGUGAUUAGAGAUAAAUUAGGAAUUCUAAAAAAAAAGAGAACCCUUUCAAAUGACAAUAUUUCCCACAUGAACAAAUUCUGAUGAACACAUUUGUGUGGAUAGGUCAGACCUGACCUGCCCAACCCGUUUUUCAGUGUCCUCACUCUCUAGCAGUA